UGGAUCUCAGCUUCCCAACUGUGGGCGUUUUUCCCCCCUCAAUCUUGACUCCAGACCUUUUUUCCUUUUUUUUCUUCUGGGUGUUGCCUGUAUAGUUUACAACUUUGGAGUUUCACUGGAGUUUUGCUGCUGACAAGGAAGGGUGUGUCCGAUAAAUCUCGCAACGACUUUAUAAAGUUUUAGGCUUGUUUGUUCAGUUUCAAGGUACUUUUCAGCAACACACCGGGACCUGUUUAUUUUAGCUGCCGUUAGCUAGUUAGCUAACUGAGACCGAGCCGUCCGAUGCAGGCCAUUAAGUGUGUGGUGGUGGGGGACGGGGCUGUGGGUAAAACAUGCUUACUCAUCAGCUACACUACAAAUGCCUUCCCUGGAGAGUACAUCCCCACAGUCUUCGACAACUACUCUGCUAAUGUGAUGGUGGAUGGGAAACCAGUGAACCUUGGUCUUUGGGACACGGCAGGACAGGAGGACUACGACAGGCUCAGGCCACUGUCUUACCCACAGACAGAUGUGUUCCUGAUUUGCUUUUCGCUUGUCAGUCCAGCUUCCUUUGAAAAUGUUCGUGCCAAGUGGUACCCCGAGGUGAGACACCACUGUCCCAACACACCUAUUAUCCUGGUUGGCACCAAGUUGGACCUGAGAGACGACAAAGACACCAUCGAAAAGCUCAAAGAGAAGAAACUCUCUCCCAUCAUCUACCCUCAGGGCUUGGCCAUGGCUAAAGAAAUAAGUGCAGUGAAAUACCUGGAGUGUUCAGCUCUGACGCAGCGCGGCCUUAAGACAGUCUUUGACGAAGCCAUCAGGGCGGUCCUGUGCCCCCCACCCGUCAAGAAGAGGAAGAGGAAGUGCACAGUACUGUAAUGGAAGCCCACAGGGAGUAGAAAAUCCAGUUACAGUCAGAACUUGGCCACUCGGUGUGGAGAAGAUGCUGGGUGGGUUCCCACAAAUAUCUUGUCACCCUGUGUCCUUGCUUAUGUAGGAUAUGAGGUAAAUCAGAAUUUAUCUGAAAGGACUUUACAGAUGUUUUUUAUUUUCUAUCAGAUUUGUUUCUGGUUGCUCACAUCUGUUCGGUCCUUUCAGACUAACUGUAAUGAAGUGGUUUUUGCCUUAGUGUGAAAGUGGGAGAUUUGAUUUGGCAUCUGGGGUUAAUUAAGGAGUAAGAGGGAGGAUUUUAUUAAAUAAAGAAAAAAAGGCACAAACAUAAAUGUAAUUUUUCCCCAGACAUGAUGAAGAAACACAACUUGAGCAUAAAUUUGUCCUGUAGUUCCAUCGAUAUAACUAUAGAACAAGGAGGUCCUGUGCUGCACCUUCAACAUGAAACACUAAGAUUCCUGCUGCCUUGACAACAUUUUACUUUAACGGUUUUAUAGAUUUUUUUUUUGUCGUCAGCUGUGAUCAAGCGACCAUUUUGUUUACAUGUUCCAUCUGAUAAAAUUGAAGUGAUGCUAAAACUAAGCCAGUGAUCACAAUCAUUAACACUAAAAAGUUGUUUUUGCUACCUUUGUAUUAUUUAGCCUGUACAUGAUAUGCCGUCAUAAAUAGUUUAAUCCUUUAAACACUAAUAGGAGUUGAAGCAGGAAUUGAAACGGUAUAAUUACCAAAGAGCAGUGAGCAGGAUUUAAAACCAUCUGCUUUAUAUUUCCAGCUAGUUGUCUUGUUCCUAGAAGUUUUCCAUGUGAAUCCAUCAGCCUCACUUUGUCACUUGAACACAGUAUUUUAUGUGUGAAGGUACAAAGCAGCCGGCAGUGUCGUGGUUGCUUAUCUAAAAAAUUUAUCCUUGAAGUUAUACCCAUCAUCUCUACUUCAGUUCAUGCUCAGAAACUGUUCUGUGACGGUUUAAUGUUCGGUAAAUGGUCAUGUUGGCAUGACGGUGCGGAAACUUUCAUUUGGACCCCAUUUAUUAUCACUGUUUUAUGAAGUUGAUGAGCCAGUGUAAUUGUAUUUGAAGGUUGGAAGUCUUUUUAAUGUGUUGUACAAUAUGAAGUCCAUCAGUAAAUGCUUGACUAAUGCAUUUGAUUUUUAAAAGGAGCAAUGAUCAACUGUUAAGUGUGCUUUGAAGAAACACUAAAUCUAGUCUCAAUAUUUUGUCAGUGUUUCAAUGGCACAAUGGAAGUGUACACUUUACUUUCUUACUAAAUGUGGUUUCAUGUUCAUGUAGUAACAUGCCGAUUUUUUUUAAACCAAAUAAAUUCAUUGAAAA